AUGACUGGUGCAACGUUUACACAGCUUGUUGGAAGUGCAUACUAUGUGGCACCUGAGGUUUUACAUAGGCAUUACGGCCGUGAAUGUGAUGUAUGGAGUGCUGGAGUUAUCCUCUACAUUCUAUUAUCUGGUUUUGCUCCUUUUGAUGCUGGAACUCAAUAUGGGAUCUUCAGAAAGAUUUUACAGGGUAAGCUGGACUUUGAGACCAGUCCUUGGCCUAGCAUUUCCGAGAAUGCCAAGGAUCUUAUAAAGAAAAUGCUUGAGAGCAAUCCAAAGAAAAGGCUAACUGCUCAUCAAGUCUUGUAUGUACCAGAUGCACCUUCAAGUGCCAGAUGUACCAGAUGCGUUUCUCUGCGCCAGAUGUACCAGAUGCGCCAUCACCGCCAGAUGUACAAGAUGCACUUUCAAGUGCCAGAUGCGCCAUUAACACCAAAUGUACCAGAUGUGUUCUUCAACGCCAAAUGUACCAUCGCUCUCUUUGCCUCAGAUGUCCCUUCGGGCCAGAUGUGUUGCUCUGACGAACCAGACGCCCUUUAA